CGGUGAAAGAAAGGAGCAGGAGCUCGGUAAGUCGGAAUCAAAUAUUCAUCUAAGCGGCAUCCGCAGAUAUGCAUAUGCUACGUUUCGGUCUUGGGCUUAAUUCGAAUUCAAAAUAUACACUGAUUCGAUUAAAGGCUGUUAAUAUGUUAUUUUCAUUAUCCGAUCGAACUCGGAGUUUAGUGCAUCCGAUCCGAUUACAGGGAUAGGCGGCUAGCCCGAAGCACAGAAACAAGGGGCUCAUAUUGGCGGUAGAAGGGGAAGACUGCUGUUACGGGCGUUCAGUUCGGCUUCCGUUUGGUGGUGGAGACUCCGGAAAAGUUUUCCUUCGACGACUGCUGUUACGGGCGUUCUGUUCCUUCUGCCUAUCGCAAUCAAAGGGAUUCCAGACGCCAAGGGUUCUCUGUGACCAAAGAGUUCGGGUUUUAGAUCAGCGGGCCAACCAUGGCAACAGCUUCAGUGGCAUUUAAAUCCAGGGAGGAUCACAGAAAGCAACUAGAAUUAGAAGAAGCACGUAAAGCUGGGCUUGCACCAGCUGAAGUCGAUGAAGAUGGGAAAGAAAUUAACCCUCAUAUUCCUCAGUACAUGUCAUCUGCACCUUGGUAUCUCAAUGCAGAGAGACCGAGUUUAAAGCAUCAAAGGAAAUGGAAGUCAGAUCCAAAUUACACCAAAGCCUGGUAUGAUAGGGGUGCAAAAAUUUAUCAUGCUGAUAAAUAUAGAAAGGGUGCAUGUGAAAACUGUGGAGCAAUGACACAUGAUAAGAAGUCAUGCAUUGAAAGGCCUCGAAAGUUGGGAGCAAAAUGGACAAACAAACACAUUGCACCUGAUGAGAAGAUAGAGACCUUUGAGUUGGACUAUGAUGGAAAACGUGACCGAUGGAAUGGGUAUGAUCCAGCAACAUAUGCCCGUGUUAUUGAGAGAUAUGAAGCAAGAGAUGAGGCCAGAAGAAAAUAUCUAAAAGAACAGCAGCUGAGAAAAUUAGAAGAGAAGAACAAUAACCAGAAUGGUGAGGGUGAAGUUAGUGAUGAGGAUGAUGAUGAAGAUGCCCUGAAGGUAGAUGAAGCUAAGGUGGAUGAGAGCAAACAGAUGGACUUUGCUAAAGUUGAGAAACGUGUGCGCACAACGGGUGGUGGGAGCACAGGAACAGUCAGGAAUUUGCGUAUUCGGGAGGACACAGCAAAGUAUCUUUUGAAUCUUGACGUGAAUUCUGCACAUUAUGAUCCUAAAACCCGGUCUAUGCGUGAGGAUCCUCUUCCAGAUAUGGACCCGAAUGAGAAGUUCUAUGGAGGAGAUAAUCAAUAUAGAGUGAGUGGGCAGGCAUCGGAGUUCAAGCAGCUUAAUAUUCAUGCGUGGGAAGCCUUUGACAAAGGCCAGGACAUCCAUAUGCAGGCUGCCCCCUCUCAAGCUGAACUUCUUUUCAAAAAUUAUAAGAUUAUUAAGGAGAAGUUAAAGUCUGGAAUAAAGGAAACUAUUAUGGAGAAGUAUGGCAACGCAGCUUCUGAAGGAGAGCUUCCAAAAGAGCUUCUCAUGGGGCAAACUGAGAGACAGGUUGAGUAUGAUCGUGCUGGUAGGAUCAUUAAGGGUCAGGAGAUGUCUUUACCAAGAAGCAAAUAUGAAGAAGAUGUGUACAUUAAUAAUCACAUAAGUGUUUGGGGUUCCUGGUGGAAGGAUCACCAAUGGGGCUACAAGUGCUGCAAACAGAUGAUAAAGAACAGUUACUGUACAGGUGCAGCUGGAAUUGAGGCUGCUGAAGCUGCAACAGAUCUCAUGAAAGCUAAUAUUGCUCGUAAAGAGGUCACUGAAGAGAAAUCAGCACCAACGGAGGAUAAAAACAUUGCUACUUGGGGAACUGAUGUACCGGAUGACUUGGUCCUUGACCAGAAACAACUUGCUGAGGCACUUAAGAGGGAGGAUGAAAGGAGGAAGGAAGAAAAAGAUGAAAGAAAGCGGAAAUACAAUGUGAGAUGGAAUGAUGAGGUUACUGCUGAGGAUAUGGAGGCAUACAGGAUGAAGAAGAUCCACCAUGAUGAUCCAAUGAAGGACUUCCUUCACUGAAUUUGGACUAUGUACUUUCUUCCAUCUCAAGCAUAUUUAAAUGGAGUCGUAUAUAUUUGCUUCCAAGGUUAUUCUGUCUGCUUUAAAGUGGAUCGAAGUUGUUCUCCCUCAAACUGGAGUAUUAAUGUGGUCAUAUAUCUGCUUUCACGUAAGGUUUCUCCCAUGGGGGACCUCCAUGUCAUGUGUAUAAUUUUCUUGGACUAGGAAAUGAUGGGAAUGUCGUUGGAAAUGAAUUCCUGUUUUCUGUAUUCAGCACUGCGCUGCGACCAUCCACUUUAUAAGGAAAAAAAUGGUCUGUGGUUUGUAUCAACGGCUACAAUGGGAAUUGAUGUGUAGAUAUGAAAUCGUUGACGUUUCUUGCCUGU